GGAUCAGGCUAUGGGGGGGCAGGAUCGGGCCCCGUGGGGCAGGAUCAGGCUAUGGGGGGCAGGAUCGGGCCAUGAGGGGGUCAGGAUCGGGCCCCGUGGGAGCAGGAGGAGGGGCCUGCCACGCCGAGGGGGCGUGGCCUCACCACGGGGCGUGACCGGGGGCGGGUUUGUGUGCUGCCUUGCCCCGCCCCCGCCGGGAGGGGAGGGGAGGGGCGGAGGAAGGGGGCGGGUCCGGCGGUGGACACGCCCCGCGCCGCGCGCCGGCAGUGCCGGCCCUGACCCACGGCCAUGGGGCCGGGCAGCGGGACGCCGGGCAGCACAGGCAGCUGCCCGUACGCGGCGGGCAGGCAGCCGUAGCGGCGGGCACCGUGCCAUGGAGCCGGCGGGCACCACCACCGCCACCACCGCCGCCGCCGCCGCCACCACCGCCGCCACCACCGCCGCCCACCGCCGCCACCGCCGGGGUCCUGGCGGCGCAGGACGCCAUCGUCUUCUCGGGGACGGGCGCCGAAGGGGUGACCCCCCCCGCCGCGGCACCCGCCGCGGCACCCGCCGGCACCGACGUCUUCUGGGCCAGCCUGGUGCGAGCCCAGCUCUGCGUCCGGGAGCUGCAGGGAGCCAUCGAGGGGCGGCCGGACGGCGACGACCGCGACCGAACGUCCCGGGACGUCUGGCACCGCGGCCACGGGGCCGCCGCGGCGCCGAGCGUCUCGCGCCGGCGACGCGGUCCCGGCUCUACGGGGGAGAGCGUCUCGCACCAGCACGUGCCCGCGGGUCCGCGGACGGGAGCGUCUCGCCCAAGUCCACCCCCGUGGAUGAGAGCAUCUCCCACAAGCGCCGAGGCCAUGGAUCCACACACGAGAGCAUCUUCCGUGUGCCCACGGAUGGGACCAUCUCCCCCAAGUCCGUGCCCGUGGGUGGGAGCAUCUUCCACGAGCACCAAGGCUGUGGAAUCGCAUACGAGAGCGUCUCGCACGUGUCCAUGGGUGGGAGCGUCUCAGACGAGCACCGUGGCCGUGUGCCUACAGAUGGGAACAUCUCGCCCAGGUCCAUGUCCGUGGAUGGGAGCAUCUCGCCCGUGUCCAUGCCCACGGAUGAGACCGGCUUGCAGGAGCAUGUGCCGAUAGAUGGCACCAACUCGUCCAAGUCCACACUCAUGGAUGAGACCAACUCAACCAAGUCCGUGCGCACGGAUGGGAGCAUCUCGCAUCAACGAGUGCCGAAGGAUGGGAGCAUCUCACCCAAGUCCGUGCCCACAGAUGGGAGCAUCUCGCAUCAACGUGUGCCAAACGAUGGGAGCAUCUCACCCAAGUCUGUGCCCAUGGAUGGGAUCAUCUCACCCAAGUCCAUGCCCAUGGAUUGGAGCAUCUCACCCAAGUCCGUGCCCGUGGAUGGGAGCAUCUCACCCAAGUCUGUGCCCAUGGAUGGGAUCAUCUCACCCAAGUCCAUGCCCAUGGAUUGGAGCAUCUCACCCAAGUCCGUGCCCGUGGAUGGGAGCAUCUCACCCAAGUCCGUGCCCGUGGAUUGGAGCAUCUCACCCAAGUCUGUGCCCAUGGAUGGGAGCAUCUCACCCAAGUCUGUGCCCAUGGAUGGGAGCAUCUCACCCAAGUCCGUGCCCGUGGAUGGGAGCAUCUCGCAGGAGCACGUGCCCAUGGAUGGGAGCAUCUUGCCUGAGUCCGUGCCCACGGAUGGGACCAUCUCGCCGGAGCACGUUCCCAUGGGUGGGCGCAUCUCGCCCAAGGCUCUGACCAUGGAUUGGACCACCUCGCCCAAGUCGGUGCCCACGGACGGGAGCAUCUCGCCAGCGCACGUGCCCGUGGACGGGAGCAUCUCGCCCGAGUUCGCACGCACGGGUGGGACCGCCUCGCCCAAGCGCUGGAACCCCCAAUGCAGCGAAGAGGAAGAGGAGGAGGACGACGAAGAGGACGACGGCUGCUCUUCCCGGGAGGAAGACGCCGAGGAAGAGGAAGAUCUGGAGGAGGAGGAGCCCCACUUCCACACCAACCCCCUCUUCCAGAGCCGGGUGCCGGCGCCCACGGGUGCCCGCCGCGUGCCCCUCUACCGGCCCCACGGUGCCGCCCUGCGGCCGCUGCUCAUCGCCGAGGGGGACGACGGCACGGGGGGCACCGGGGGGGGACGGGGGUGUCCCCCCCCCCACCAGCACCCCCCCACCCCUUGGGUGCCGCCCGGCAGGAGGGGACGUCGGCAGCACCACGGAGCGGGGUGCCCGCCGGGGGGGUCAGCGGUGACACCGGCGCUGGCAAACGGGGGACAGGGACGACGGGGGGAGGCACAGCGUUUGGCCGCCCGCCUCUUCCACCUCGACGACUUCAAGAAGUCCCAGGUGGCCGCGUUCCUCCGCAAGAACAAUGAUUUCAGCGGGAUGGUGGCCCAGGAGUACCUGGACUUCUUCCAGUUUGGUGGCCAGACGCUGGACCAGGCGCUCAGGUCCUUCCUGCAGGCGCUGGUGCUGACGGGCGAGACGCAGGAGCGCGAGCGCAUCCUCGGCCACUUCUCCCGGCGUUACCAUCACUGCAACCCCGGUGCCUUCCCCUCCCCGGAUGCCGUGCACUCCCUGACGUGUGCCAUCAUGCUGCUGAACACCGACCUCCACGGGCAGCGCCUCGGCCGUGCCAUGACCAGCGCCGAAUUUGUGGCCAACCUGAGCGGGAUGAUGGACGGGCAGGAUUUCCCCAGGGAGCAGCUGAAGGCUCUAUACGGCUCCAUCCGCAGCGAGAAGCUGGCGUGGGCAGAGGAUGAGGAGGAAGAGGAGGAGGAAGAGACGGCAGGGGGGGCCAGCCUGGCCCCCCCUGGCUGUAAGAAGAGCAACCCUUUCCUGGACCUGCCGGGGGGGACCGGGGCUGUCACCUACCGCCGGGGCUGGCUGGCCAGGAAGGUGCUGGCCGAGGCUGACGGCAAGAAAACGCCGUGGGGCAGACGAGGCUGGAAACCCUUCCAGGCUGUGCUAAAGGGGACGGUCCUCUACUUCCUCAAACCUGGGGGGCGAACGGGGGUCCCCCGCCGUCCCCCCGAGCCGGGACCCUUCCCGGCCCCCCAGGAGGAGGAAGGACCCGAGGCCGAAGAGCCCUUGGGGGUCCACCAUGCCUUGGCCGAGCGCGCCAGCAAAUACACCAAGCGCCCCAACGUCUUCCGACUGCAGACGGCCGACUGGCGCGUCUUCCUCUUCCAAGCCCCGACGUCGGAGGAGAUGUUCUCCUGGAUCUCCCGCAUCAACUUGGUGGCCGCCCUCUUCUCGUCUCCCCCCUUCCCCGCCGCCGUCGGUUCCCAACGCCGCUUCGUCCGCCCCAUCCUCCCCGCCGCCCCCAGCCGCGUCCCCCCGGAGGAGCAGCACCGCUCCCACGAGGCGUGGAUGGAGCGGGUGGCCCAGGAGCUCUUCGAGCAUCAACGCAACCUCCCCGAAAAGCGGGGACGAGCCCGCGACCUGGACGAGUACCGCCUGAAGAAGGAGUAUCUCCUCUACGAGAGACGUCGCUAUGAGACCUACGUGCAGGUGCUGGAGACGUGGAUCAGCGCCGGCGCCCAGGACCUGGAAGGGUGGGAAGCCCAAGCGGGGCCGGUGGUGGCCCCCCCGGACCCCCCCACCCUGACCAAAGCCCACUCCAGCCCCUCGCUGGUCCCCGAGCCCCCCAUCGCCCCCACCGUCCGCGUCAAGAGGAACAUCUCCGAGCGCCGGACGGUGAGGAAGAUCGUCCCCAAACGCAACAAGAACCUGCUGUGAUGGACACCGGGGGGGGGACAUGGGGAUAUCGGGGGGGGGCAAACCCCCCCCCACCACCACCCUGGUACGAGGUUCCUUCGGGCACCACCAGUAUUGAGCCAACCUGGGGAGGGGGGGCUUGGGAUUAAGAAUAGGGAAACUCAGGGAGAACAUCCCCCCCCCCCCCAAAAAGGGAUGAGGGGGGGGUUGGGGGGGUCACAGCCCCCCCCCCAGCCUCCCCCCCAAAGCAUCGCCGCUGCACCCCCUCCCUGCGUCCGCUGCCUGCUGCUCUCUGUCGUGCAAUAAAGGUGUGUGUCCCA